AUGAUGACGAUGACCACUCCAUCUGCUGAACUUACUUACACUGGACUGGCCAGCGGUGUGCCCGUGGCGCGCCACCCCUUCGCGCGCGCCCGGCAACUCCAUGUCCAGUUGCGGUUUCACGCCCAGCGCUACUACAACCUGGAUGCGCCGGUCAUUUCCGAUGGGCAAUACGACACGCUGCUCCAGGAGCUGCGCAAUCUCGAAGCAACGUAUCCGGGCUGCCGGUCCGCUGAUUCUCCAACCCAACGCGUCGCCGGCGACCCGGCCGAGGGGUUCAGGCAGGUGGCGCAUCCCAACCCGAUGAUCAGCCUGGCCAACGCCUUCGACCGCGAGGGUCUGGAGGCGUGGCAUCGGCGGGUAACCGACCUGCUCGACGGGCAACCAUUUCGCAUGGUGGCCGAGCUGAAGAUAGAUGGGUUGGCGGUGCGCCUAACCUACCGCAACGGGCGGUUCGCGCAAGGCGCCACCCGGGGCAACGGCCAGACCGGAGAGGACGUCAGCCGCAACCUGCGCACCGUCCGCAGCAUUCCGCUCACGCUGUCGGCGCACCCGCCAGCCGAUCUGGAAGUGCGCGGCGAGGUUUAUCUGCCGCUGGACAGUUUCAGGAAGAUGAACGAAGAACGCGAGCGCUUGGGAGAACCGCUCUAUGCCAACCCUCGCAACACCGGCGCGGGUACCAUUCGCCAACUGGAUCCCCAGGUUACCGCCAGCCGCAAUAUGCAAAUGUGGGCGUACAGCCUCAACGACGCCGGUGACGCUCCGAUGCCCGCCAGCCAGUGGGCGGCCCUGCAAAAUCUCGGCGCCUACGGUUUUCGGGUCAACCCGUUGAACCGCACCUGCGAAACGGUGGACGAAGUCUGCGCGUUCUAUGACGAUAUGCUGCAACGUCGCCACGACUGGAACUACGAAGCGGACGGCGUGGUGGUCAAGGUCGACAGCCUAAGCCAGCAGAAUUCGCUGGGCGUUGCCGGACGCGAACCCCGCUGGGCCAUCGCCUACAAAUUUCCGGCUGAACGUUCAACCACGCGUCUGCUCGACAUCAUCAUCAACGUGGGUCGCACGGGGAGCCUCAACCCCCAGGCCAUUCUGGAGCCGGUGGUGGUCAGCGGGGCCACCGUGCAGCACGCCUCGCUGCACAACGAGGAGGAUAUUCACCGCAAGGACAUCCGCAUCGGUGACGUUGUGGUAAUUGAGCGGGCCGGCGAUGUCAUUCCUCACAUCAUCGGCCCCGUGGAAGUCCCCGGCCGCGAGAAUCUGCCCGUGUUCCGGAUGCCGGCGCUCUGCCCGGUUUGCCAGACUGCCGUAGUCAAGGACGAAGGCGACGCGAUGCACCGGUGCCCCAACUCGGCGUGCCCAGCCCAGUUCCUGGAGUCGCUCAAACACUUCGUCAGCCGCGGCGCCAUGGACAUCGACGGCCUGGGCGAACAAUGGUGCCGCAUCCUGAUUGACCAGAGUCUGGUGUCAGAUGUGUCCCAUCUCUACCGGCUCACCGCGGAGCAGCUGACUGCCCUGGACCGGAUGGGAGAUCGCCUGGCCACCCGCAUCCUCAACAACAUCGAGGCCAGCAAGCAGCGGCCGCUGGUUCGCAUUCUGUUUGCCCUGGGGAUAUUUCACGUGGGCGCCGAGGUGGCUGAGCUGCUGGCCGGCCGGUACUCCAGCAUCGAUGAAAUCGCUUCCGCCGGCAUCGCCGAACUGACCGAGAUAGACGGCGUGGGCCCCAAGAUUGCCGAGAGUAUCGUCAACUACUUCGCAACCCGACGCAACCAGGAAACCAUCGCCGGACUGAGGGCGGCGGGCGUGAAACUCUGGCAAGAACUGGCCCCGGUAGACACCUCCGCAUUGCCCUGGAAAGGGUUAACCUUUGUCAUCACCGGCACCCUGUCGGGCAUGACGCGGCGUGAAGCGGAGGGCAAGGUCAAGGCCUUGGGCGCUGCUGCAUCGUCGUCGGUAUCCCGCAAGACCAACGUGCUGGUGGCCGGCGCUACGCCGGGAACCAAACUGACCACUGCCGACCGCCUCGGGGUGCGCGUAGUUGACGAAGAAGGCCUGCUGGCCCUGCUCGCCGACCCGGCGGCCCUAGCCACCAAUCCUGACGAACCUACUACCUCGAACGGAUCGGCGGAGACUCAGGCCGCCCUGGAGCUCGGGGAGUAG